AUGUCGCAAUUGCACAGUGUUGUGACACAGACAACCAAACUGACUCUUCCGGCACGUGUAUCACUCGCGCGUCGCUUGCUCGAACAAUCGACCGCGAUCUAUCUGCCUCGGCUCUGCCUGGAGUUCUUGUGGUCGGUGCUGGUCGAUAUCGAAGUGCCAGCGAGGAAGCGUCAGACUGCAGCGUCCAUCAUGCAACCCAGUGAAUCCACGGAAUCCAGCGAUUCGCUUGGCUCGUUGACAAACAAGCUGAAGCUUUUUGUCGACAAUACUGUGGCGAUGGACGCGAUUCGUGACGCUCUGCUGGCGCUCAAGACACCGUCGUCACCCAGCUCUCCCAAGAGACCACAGCGCAAUAUUCUUGUUUUGGCAUUGUCUACUUGGGAAAAAUGGCACGAAGACGUUGUCUCAACCGUCGCAGCGAGUUCUGCGCGCGACCUGGUUAUCGAGCAAAUGACAUCACUCAACGACCCCAUUGACGAAGACGCCAGACCCACUGACGCCGCGUUCAAAAAUGCCUACACGCUUCUCCAAAAGCUCGACGACCGCCACUUUCCCCACAUGCCAAUGAUUGAAUCGAACGGACAGCGCGGUGUGAUGCUCGUCUGGGAAACGAUUUCUGCCACCAUUACAUUCGUUGAUCAAGGAGAAGUCGUUGUGUCGAUGCUCCGGAAGCCAAAACCGUGGCUCGCAGCCAUGAAUUCAACACCCGAAGUGUUCGGCAAGCUGGUUCGUGAGCUAUUCGAGCAAACAACAUGUGAUUGAAUUGUACAGGAAUAGAAUUGCCUAAUCUGCA